AUGGCUAGUGAGGAGAGUUUUGUGGUUUUGGUGCACCACAGAGGAUCUGUUAAUAGAAAAACUCGUUCCGGAGUAAAGUUCACAGAUAAGAAUCCUCUAUGUAUUGUCAUAACAUCUACGACGAGUUACGAUGACCUUGUUAGCGCUGUACUAAUGAAGCUCGGUCUGGAGGGUGCAAAGCGGGUAAAGAAGUUUUUCUAUCGCAUUCCAGUCACGGUGCUACAGAAUACGGUGAAGUAUGAUUGCUUCACGAUUAAUAAUGAUGCGGACUUGCAAGUAAUGUUUCUCUGUCGGCGGCAGUUUCCGGAGGUGAGGACACCGGAGUUGUUGGCCCGGCUGGUUGAUGUUGUAUCCAGCUCCGGCGGUUCGAACAGGAAUACGAACACUAUAGCGAAUGCAGCAGUGGUCCAACAUGUCGCCUCCCCAUCUUUCGCUGUUGACCUCAAUGCCACCGAAGGCGACGAGGUAGUGGAAAGGGAAAAUUUGCCGAACGCUUUAGUGGGAGUUGCACCUGUUGGCGUAGGAGACGGUUUUUUGGACGAUGAAGACGAGGAUGACGUCGAGCCGGAUAUGAUUGACGAUGAUAGCGCUGAUGAUAUUGGAGCGACUGGGCCUGCAUUGGAGGUAGGUGGUUCUAGCUCUGGCACACAGCAGUAUCCACCACAUUUUUCCUCGUUGGACUUGGACGCCAUGAGACAUGAGGGGAUUUUAGGGCACGCUGUUGGAUUCGGAGCUAGAGAUGCGGAAGGGACUACUGGUCUGACAGAGUUCCAGGUUGGUCAGCAAUUCCAGGAUAAAGAUGAGGCCCUUUUAAGUGUGAAGACUUACAGCAUCCGGCGAGGGGUACAGUACAAGGUGGUGGAGUCCGAUCACCGCCGGUAUGUGGGCAAGUGUUCGGAGUUUGGGAAUGGGUGCACAUGGUUGAUUCGAACUCCCUCUAAUGAGACUAACUCACGUUUGGAACCAUAUAUAUACAGUCAGUCUCACACAUAG